AUGUACGAAUUUAUAUGGUUAUUACAAUUAAAUCUCAAAGAGAAACAUUGUCUUAUUUGUGACUCGUUUAGAUCACUGAAUUAUGGAGGAAUCGGAGUGGUUAUCGGACACGAAAUUACCCACGGAUUUGACGACAAAGGUCGGCAAUUCGACAAAGACGGAAAUUUAAAGCAGUGGUGGAAUAACGCAACCAUUAACAGAUUCCGAGAGAGAACUCAAUGCAUCAUCGAUCAGUAUUCCAGCUACGUUCUAGAAGACACAAAUUUAAAUGUAAAUGGGAAAAUGACUCAAGGCGAAAACAUAGCCGAUAACGGAGGACUGAAACAAGCCUACAGAGCGUACAAAAAAUGGGUGAGCAGAGAAGGAGAAGAAUUAAGCCUACCGGGUUUAAAUCUAACACACGAUCAGUUAUUUUUCCUUAACUACGCACAGAUCUGGUGUGGAUCGAUGAGACCGGAAGAAGCCAAGAAUAAAAUAAGUUCUUCGGUUCACAGCCCUGGUCCAAUCAGGGUUAUAGGUCCACUCUCAAAUUCUUUUGAUUUUGCAAAAGCUUACGACUGCGUUCCGGGCAGUAGAAUGAAUCCGAUAAAGAAAUGUUCCGUUUGUGACGUUUUCAAACAAUAACAAUGCGGACUGUGCAAGACGAGUCCACCUGAAAGAUCCACUACGAUGGCAAUGUACAGUACAACCUAAUUAUCAUAUCAUGCAUAUAUAUAAAGAACGAAAACCUUUACCGUAUCACAUAUAUACAUAUAUAUUACGUAUUUGUAUUUAUUCUAUGUAAAUAUUGAAUGAAAUUAUUGUACAAUGUACUUAUACUUUCAAAUGUAUUUUAUUAAGUAUUGUUAAAUGUUCCAUUUUAUCUUCCACAUUUUGCUUUUGUAUUCUUUGUCAGUAGACCCGUUUCCGUGUGCCUUUAUAUGCUUAUAAAUAAUUUCUUUUGUGUACAGAAUUAUACAAUUUACAAUUAUAAAUAAAUAUAUAUAAAUAAAUACCCCCAACUAUUCCUUGUAAAAAUCCAUUUAAUUGUUAUAUAUUUCAUAUUCAUCUAGAUGUACAUAUGUAUCAGGAAUUUCAUAUAUAUAAUUUUACUUAUAAAAACUUUGUCUAUGUUGAGUUAUGUGGUUACGGCAUGUAUAUAUUUUUUAACAUAUUUCCAUCAAAAUAUCAGAUAAACAAAAUUUUAUUUAAAUUAUAAACAAAUGUAAUUUGAUUUCUAUACUUCUGAUGUCUUUUUUUACUAUUUCAAUUUAUGUCUAUGUUAAAAGAGUACAAAUCAAAAAUUAGUCGUUAAGUCAUGGAAUUCUAUGUUCAUUGUUAAAGUUUUACUUUGUAUAAAUAAUAAAUUUUGU